UUGCCAUAUUUCAGUUGAAUAACAUAACAACACCUCUCACCUUCCAGCCUCAGGCAUCAUUUGUUAAGACAGUGAAUGGUUCAUGAGAAAGUUACAAUUAGUCCACUCUCUAACCUUGACAACAAGGUCUGUCCUCAACUCCAUUAGUCUACAGACAGGGAGGUUCGGUAUGUGUCCAAACCAACAAAACUGCUAUCUGGAGGUGAAGAAAGAACAUCAUCAAGGACACAUGAUUUUCCUAUUUUGGCAGCAUGUCCCCCAGUUAGUGAGAAGGGGAAUAUGGGAGGAUAUAACACCCAUCCUCAUGAGCUUGACCCAUUUAAAACAAGUGAUUGUGAAAGGUCUGACCACACAGGCACACAAACAGGCAGCGCAGGAUGUUGGUUGCAGAUGUCUUCUACUGUGGAGCGUUGAUGCUCUGCUGGACCAGGCUCUGUGUGGCCCUGCAGGCCUCACAAGGACAGCAACCAAUCCCGGCCUGGAACCCCAUGAUGACAGUGACAGGAGACCACCACACAAGCUCCACAGAGACCACAGAUAGUUUGGAAAUGAAAAACAACGUCCCUCACCGUGCACCGUGCUUUGUGGAUGACAUAUUUGCAGCGUUGCGUGAAGGUGUGGGGCACGACGAUGAACUCACAAACCAUACUCUGACUCUGUUUGGAAUCUGCACGGUUUCUGAUAACUCAUCAGGCUCAGUCUUAUUAGAGCUUGCUAAGGAAACAAACCAGAGAGACGGAUUGGAGGUUUUGCAUCCAGCUGGAGCGCACUUGGCAGAGGAAGAUGAAAAAGGAAGGCUGACGUUGACUUUUGACCUUUCACAGUCUCUUUUGCUCAAGCCGAACCCUGUGCUGCUCCUGGCGUUUGAGAGUCCUCUCACAGGAAGAAACCUGGACGUUACAUUCACUGGUCAGUCGCUGCAACCUAACACGCAGUCUGUGUGUAUUUCAGGAGAAACGCAGUACUUAAUGCUGACAGGAAAAGCAUCAGAGGGCGACAUUCUUCAGAAAUGGAGGCUUUCUAUUUACACAAAAUCCCCUGAUAUGAAGCAAAGUCUGAAAGACAUGCUUAUUGGUGGAAAAUCAGGAAGUAACAUCAGCGUGACUCCACUUCUGCUUUUCUCAGGGGAAAGAGGAACUGAUACAAGAUAUACACAUAUUUCAGGUUGGUCCCCGGCCUCUUCACAGACCUCCUUCCUCUGUGACCUGAAGCGGUUCCUGGGCGAUGUCCUGCCUCAGGCACACCCUGAGUCCCCUAAGCUCCAGCUGACCGCCUUACAGUCCCUGCCUCCCCUAACACUAGGCUCAUCCUCCAGCGAAACCCUGCUGGCAGGACUGAUGAACUCCUCGGCCCUCACCAUCUUUGACUUCACUAGCUGGGGCUCCAUGCUUCAGGUGCAUCAUGGAGAGUUGGCCCUGUCUCCUGCACUGUUGGAGGAGCUCAGGCAGAGGUUGGAGCAGACUGUGUUGCACAUAAUGGAGGUGAUAAGGGAGGAGGAGGUGGGUCACAGAGCCACGGAGAGGUUGGGGAGGCUCAAACAACUCGGAACCGGCAGCAGAACAGGAGAGAGCCAGUACCGUGCAUUUCUCCUGCUGAAGGCCCUUAAGACAGUGGCCCGUACGUAUGAGGUGCAGAGAGGACUCCGGGCCACCAGAGCUGACCCCAACAACCCAGUGAGGGGCAACACGUGUGGGCUGAGGAGCCUCACUGUGUCCCUUGAAAAGCUUCUUGUGGCUCCAAACACUGCUAACAUCAACAACUGUCAUGGCUCAUGUGCUUUCCCCCUGGUCAAUCCCAAGAACCACGCCAUCCUGCUCAACUCCUACAUUGAGAGCGGGAAUGUCGGGGAGCGGGCACCGUGCUGUGUGCCUGUGACCUACGAAGCCCUGGAGGUGGUGAAACUGAACGAACAUGGGACUUACCUCUCCCUUGAAGAAGAUGUGGUGGCACGGGAGUGUGGAUGCCGCUAAAGCUGCGUUCUUGGAUUGUACAGAAGAUAUUUUACAUGUUUGGUUUCACAUAGUCUUUGGUUGGUGGAGGAACAGUCUAAUUGUAACUUAACUGUAAUUUAUUUAUUCACACAGUAUUAAUGGUAGUAAAUGCACAUGUUCAUUCACAGAGGUCUCUUUAGGCUAUGUACUGUCACACAUAUUAACAAUGUAUUAUUUGCAGUAGAUACACGAUGACCAGUGUCUCUCACAGUUAAACAUGAUCAAGUUUAUUGAAACCAAAAAUAAUUGUGAUCCAUUAUGGGUAAAUAUCUCUCUGUAUCUGUCUGUAUCUUUAUAUUAUUAAAUGCAAAGUAUAUUGAA